UUUCGCAUGUGCAUAGACUACCGGGAGCUAAAUAAACUCACUGUCAAGAACCGAUAUCCCUUACCCCGAAUCGAUGACCUCUUUGACCAACUCCAAGGAGCAAGCUACUUUUCAAAAAUCGACUUGAGGUCGGGUUAUCAUCAAUUGCGAGUAAAAGAAGAGGAUAUUCCCAAGACUGCGUUCAGAACUCGUUACGGGCACUAUGAGUUUGUGGUAAUGCCCUUCGGAUUAACGAACGCACCGGCAGUAUUUAUGGACCUGAUGAAUCGAGUGUGUCGACCCUACUUAGACAAAUUCGUGAUUGUGUUCAUCGACGAUAUUUUAAUCUACUCCCGAAGCGAGGAAGAGCACCGUCAACACCUCCGGCUGAUCUUGGAAACACUGAGGGCCGAGAAGCUUUACGCCAAAUUCUCUAAAUGCGAAUUCUGGAUUAGAGAAGUGAAUUUUCUUGGCCAUAAGAUGCCCCAGAGACCGAAUCGCGGGAACAACACAACACCAACACCACCAGAGAUAAACUCAGCUGCGUUCCAAGCGGCGGUCACCGCAGCACUGACACAAAUUCACAACGGAAAUAAUGGUGGAGGUAACGGGAAAGGAACCGAAAGUUCAAAUCAGGGGAUAACCACCAAGGAUCCACAAGGACCUGUAGAGGCCAUAAAACUCCCAGUAGCGAAUUCUAUACCAUGGGAGGAUCUGAAAGAAAUGUUGAUGGCAGAAUAUUGUCCAAUAGGAGAAAUCCAGAAGAUGGAGCAGGAACUGUGGAAUCUCACAGUCCAAAACUCCGACAUUGAUGCUUAUAUCUUGAGGUUUAGUGAGUUGCCACUCUUGUGUCCAGGAAAUGUAAUCGCAGCAAACCCAGAAACGUAUGAGAGUGCUAAAACGCUAGCCAAGAAGGUAUACGACCAUGGAAACAAGAACAGUGUCAAAGAAGGGGAAACUGAAGUAAAAAAGGAAGGUGAUAACAACAAGCGAAAAGGGAGACAAAACCAAGAGUCAUCAAAGAAACAGCGAACAGUAGCAACCCAUGCUGCUACUACUCAGGUUGCCUCAGAUGCUCCAGCCUCAUCUACACCAACUACUACCAGACAAUACUCAGGAACCCUACCAAAGUGUAACAAAUGCGGUUUUCACCAUCAUGGAGAGUGCAGGGAGAUGCAUUGCACAAGUUUCAACCGUAAAGGUCAUACCGCACGAUACUGCAACUCUUAG